AUGAUGUUUUACUUUAGCUUUAUCUUUGUUACAGUAUCAGUAAUUCUUAAUGUUUGUACCUGCUACCCAUUGUCUGAUUUUUAUAACUUUAGUUCAGCUGCUGGAGACAAUGAAUUGCCUGCAAAUGACGACGGCUCUACUUCAAGAAUUCCCAUAUCUGUGCCAUUUCCUUUCUUUGGAUCAUCUUACAAUUCAAUCUAUGUCAAUAACAACGGUGAUGUUACAUUUGAGACUCCAUUGAGGCAGUUUACCUCACAACCUUUUCCGAUAAAUGGCUCUCAUAGAAUCAUAGCACCAUUCUGGACUGAUAUAGAUACAAGGCAAGGAGGUAAAUUAUGGUAUCGCACAACAACAGAAGCGACCAUAUUACAAAGAGGGACGGCUAAAAUCAACUCUCUGUUUCCUGACAUUUUCAAUUUUACUGCCACGUGGAUGAUGGUAACCACAUGGGAGGAUGUAGCUGCAUACGGCUGUUCUUCCAUAACUUGUCAGCAGAGAAACACAUUUCAACUCGUUUUAAUCAACAAUGGCAAUUAUUCAUUUGUUGUAUUUAAUUACAACAAAAUCAACUGGACAAAAUCUGCUCAGGUGGGGUUUAACGCUGGUGAUGGAGAACACUACUAUUCAGUUAAUGGUUCUAUGACAGAUGCAGUGUUAAAUCUUCCUCAAAUGUCUAAUAUUGGAAUUCCUGGACAGUUUGUAUUUAGAGUGGACCAGGUUAAAAUAGCUAAUGCAGAUAUCGUUGACGAAUGCGCCAGUUCUCCUUGUGUACACGGAAACUGUUCCAAUGAAUACCUGUAUUAUGAAUGCAUCUGUGACCCUGGAUACACGGGUGUAAAUUGUGAAUCUGAAAUUGACGAAUGUCAAAGUUCGCCAUGUAUCCAUGGAAACUGUUCUGACCAUUUAGAUCAUUAUACAUGCCACUGUCAAGAUGGAUUUUCAGGAACAAACUGUCAGACAGAUAUGGUGGACGAAUGUGUCAGUUCUCCCUGUGUUCACGGAAACUGUUCAAAUGAAUACCUUCAUUAUGAAUGUAUCUGUUAUGGUGGAUACACAGGCGUUAACUGUGAAACUGAAAUUAAUGAGUGCCAAAGUUCACCAUGUCUCCAUGGAAACUGUUCUGAUCACCUUAAUCAUUAUACGUGUCAUUGUCAGGAUGGAUUUACGGGAACAAACUGUCAGACAGACAUAAACGAGUGCGCUAGUUCUCCUUGUGUUCACGGUAGCUGUGUAGGCGGAAUCAAUGGGUACGUGUGUACCUGUCAGUCUGGGUAUACUGGAAUCAACUGUGAAGUCGAUAUUAAUGAAUGCGCCACUUCUCCUUGUAUAAAUGGAACGUGUACUGACCAAGUCAAUGGUUACAGCUGUGAGUGUAUACCUGGCUAUACGGGAGUCAAUUGUGAGGCAGAAGCAAACUUUAUUGACGGAUGUGCAGGUUCGCCAUGUAAGCAUGGAGUGUGUAUUAAUGAAAUCAAUAACUACGUUUGUGUCUGUGAUACGGGAUAUUCUGGAAGAGAAUGUUCGGAAUUUAACUUCGCCUAUUUAAUACCUUUAUUUGUUGGAUUGCCCGUGUUGUCGUUUGUCGCCGUUCUUCUGUGGAAAAGAUUCAAAAGAGACAGUGAGUUUGAGAUGCAUGGAGUCUUACACUUUAGUGAUGCACCAUUAGGUCCAACUAAGACAUCAUUCCAAAUACAGACACAGAGUUUGUCCACCACCUCAAAAGUCGUAGUAUAUAUGAAUCUGUUAUGGCAAAGAAUUAUGAAUGUGAUAAAACUAAGUGGAAAAAUUUCCACAUUUUCAAAAAACUCUUCGAAUAAAGUACAAACGGAUGAGUUAGCAUUUCAAGUCAACAAAACCCAUGUUGUACAUGUUGAUCAGCAAAGCAACCUUUUUCUAAAUUAUAAGGUCAAUAACAAUGGCGACGUUACAUUUGAGACUCCAUUAAGCCAGUUUACCUCACAACCCUUCCCAAUAAACGGCUCUCAUAGAAUCAUAGCACCAUUCUGGACUGAUAUAGAUACAAGAAAAGGAGGUAAAUUAUGGUAUCGCACAACAACAGACAGAACUAUAUUACAAAGAGGAACGAAUAAAAUUAACACUCUCUUUCCUAAUAUUGUAAGUUUCACUGCCACGUGGAUGAUGGUAAUUACAUGGGAGGAUGUAGCUGCAUAUGGUUGUUCCACUAGUGGAACAAUAAUUAGUGGAGCAAUAAGCUGUCAACAGUGGAAUACAUUUCAACUUGUUUUAAUCAACAAUGGUGUUUAUUCAUUUGUUGUAUUUAAUUACAACAAAAUCACAUGGACAAAAUCUGCUCAGGUGGGGUUUAACGCUGGUGAUGGAGAACAUUAUUAUUCAGUUCCUGGAUCGAUGACAAAUGCAGUGUUAAAUCUUCCUCAAAUGUCUAAUAUUGGUAUUCCCGGACAGUUUGUAUUUAGAGUGGAUCAAGCAAAAAUAAGCAAUGCAGGUUUGUUCUUCUAUAAACUUCGUUUAUCCCUACGAAAACUUCUUAUAUAAUCCUACUGUUCAAGAAAACACUCUUGUUUUAGCAAUAUUCUUGCAGAUACUGUUGACGAAUGCGCCAGUUCUCCCUGUGUUCACGGAAACUGUUCCAAUGAAUACCUUCAUUAUGAAUGUAUCUGUGACCCUGGAUACACAGGUGUAAACUGUGAAACUGAAAUUGAUGAAUGUCAAAGUUCACCAUGUCUCUAUGGAAACUGUUCCGACCAAAUAAAUCAUUAUACCUGUCAUUGUCAGGAUGGGUAUACAGGAACAAACUGUCAAACAGAUAUUAACGAGUGUGCCAGUUCUCCUUGUGUUCAUGGUAACUGUACGGAUCGUAUCAAUGGAUACACGUGUAAUUGUAUGCCGGGGUAUUCCGGGACCCAUUGUGAAGUUGAUAUCAAUGAAUGCCAAAGCUCCCCCUGUGUUCAUGGAAACUGCUCUGACCUUAUUAAUCACUACACUUGUCAGUGUUAUGCGGGAUAUACCGGAACCAAUUGUGAGAUAGAUAUUGACGAAUGUGCCAGUUCUCCCUGUAUACAUGGUAACUGUACUGAUCAAGUCAAUGGAUACAUCUGUCAAUGUGUACCUGGAUAUUCUGGAGUCCACUGUGAGACAGAAAUUGAUGAGUGUUCAAGUUCACCAUGUAAGCACGGAUCAUGCAUCGAUAAAAUUAAUAACUACAUUUGUGUCUGUGAUACAACAUAUUAUGGCAGACAUUGUUCACAAUGUACGUAUUAA